AUGUCCUCUCCUCUGUUUGCCAGCCUCACUCACUCUCCGCCUAAUCAAACACCGCCCACAAAGCUUCUUCAAGACUGGGAAUUCAUGGCUUCCUUCUCUCAGUCUCAUAAAAGAAAGCCCACAUCUCCGUUAAUGGUGUUUCCCUUUGCACUUCUCCUGAUCAUUCUCUCAUCCUCUGCCUAUAGCGACGACACGCUAUCAGCAUACGAGAUGCUUCAACUAUAUGACUUCCCAAUCGGCCUUCUUCCCAAAGGAGUAACAGGCUACGAGCUAGACAGGGACACCGGCAAUUUCAAGGCGUAUUUCGACGGAACCUGCAGCUUCUCCAUUGAAAACUCGUAUCAGCUCAGGUACAGAUCCACCAUAACUGGUGUUUUGUCCAAAGACAGGCUCAAAAAUUUGAAGGGCGUGAGUGUGAAGGUGCUCUUCUUCUGGAUCGACAUAGUGGAAGUGGUUCGAAAUGGCGAUGAGCUACAAUUCUCCGUGGGGAUUGCUUCAGCCGACUUUUCAAUCGACAACUUUGAGGAGAGCCCGCAGUGUGGCUGUGGAUUUGCUUGUCAACAGUUGAUGAGUAGCGCCGUGCCAUCACAUUCGGUGAGAGCACUUAUGAAGUCUAACUAA